AUGAUUCGUCAACUUGGUAAACCAACCAUAUUUCUCACUAUAAGUGCAAACGAAAUGCGAUGGAUGAAAUUGCUUACUAUACUUCUCAGACUAAGUAAUAAAUAUCCUGGAAAAUCAGCAGGAGAACUCAACACUUCCGAGCGCUAUACUUUAGUUAGCGACGAUCCUGUGACGUGCUGCAUUUACUUCUACAAGCUCGUCGGUUCCUUGAUGAAAAUGCUGGAAUCCAAACAGUCAUAUAAUCCAUUCAGAGAGUAUUUUGUUAGAGAUUACUUUAUUCGUAUUGAGUUCCAGCAUCGAGGAAGACGCACACAUUUUAUUGUGGUUAAACAACGACCCACAUGA